GCGAAGGCGAAGGCGAAGGUGAAAGCGAACGAAGGCGAAGGCGAAGCAAACUAACAUUUCGGAACACCCCGGAAAAUUGUCGUUGGUUUUUUAUUCCGGCUGCGACAGAGUGGUGGGGGUCGGAUGCAACCAAUGGGCCCGCGAAAAGCGGCUCCUGCGCGAUGCGCGUGGCGCGCUGCGCCGCAUAAUCUUGCGUAUCAGUGAUCGGCAGUGCCAUCCAGAAGGCAGUGGGUUACGGGUUCUAUCGUGCGGUGUGUUAUAAAUUAGUGGAGUCCUUAUUGGUGCGAUCGGUAGGGAAAAGGGAGACGCGCGCGCGAGUAGCCUGAGGCGCGCCACGGGCACGGGUCGAGUGGGUGCACGCAUAGAAACUCGCGAGUGUGUCAGGGGAACCUGGUGACCCGAGCCAUCAUGGCGAAUCCACGAAAAUUCAGUGACAAGAUCGCGCUGCACAAACAGAAGGAGGCGCAGGAGAGGGCAGCGUUCGAGGCGAUCAUGCGAGAGGUUUCGGACGUCACAAGCAGAGUCGCCUCGGCGAGCAGCUCGGUGGCCGCCAGCCCCACGGGAUCGUCCGGGGUACUGGAGACCCCGCUGUCCGUGCAGAGUGCCGGCGGCAGCCCACCGCAGUCCAACGGGAAACACCUGUACAUUAACCUGGUGAAUCAGUUCAGGGCGGGCGGCUCUCUGCCGAACGUAAACAACAACGCGAAUUGCGGAAACGACGCGAAAGAGCACGCAUCGACGCACGCCGCCGCUCUCCCGAACGACCUUCAGACGGCGCUGAGCAAUCUGGAGGAGAUGCAGCAAAACAUGGUGUACCGCAACAACGACAGGAGCAAAAACAUGGGAGUAGGCCCGAUGCGGGCGCGUCCGAUGGAGAAGAGGCACGACACCUCGCCGUACAGCGGCGUCUCCUAUCUGUCUCCACCAACGCCGGACACCACCUGGAGGAGAACGUACUCGGACUCGGCCCUGCAUCAGAGCGCGAACGAAGCCUGCCAGUCGGCUACCGCCAUAUCCCAUCGGCGAGAUCAGCACACGAUGAGCGGAUCCGGGGGCGACAACCCAGACCUGCACCACGGAUUCAUGCAACGACCGAGAUCGUCCUGCGAGAUGCCCAGAGUACCCGGGAUCAACAUAUACCCGAGUUCCCAGCCGCCUGGACAGCAAAUCCCCAUAGGAAACAACACGGGAUCGUUGCCGGACCUGAGCAACGUCAACUUCACGUCGCCUCUUCACACCCCGUUGGACCAGGAGGAUCACUCGAGCAAUACGCCGUUUAGCAACAGUCCUCGAACGAGCAGCCCAGCGAACCUGUCGCCGACCGGCUUGGCUCGAGCUGGGACGGUGUCUCUUUCGCAGGAUCAAAAUUCGACCAGCGCUCACGGUGUGGCGCUGGAAAACAGCACAAGUACUUCGCAACAAGAUCCUCAGAGCUAUUCGCAACAACCGGUGCCGCCGCCGCCGCCGCCGACGGCGACGUCCCACAGUCCGGCCGGCCACUACAUUUAUCAGCAACCGCACAGUCCCGUGCCACCGCAAAGUCCAAAGUCGUCGCAGACGCAGCAACAGCAGCACAACUUAGGUUCGUACAGGUCCUCGCAGCAGGUGAACAGGCCGUCGCCGCAGUCGUCGCCCAGUCUAACCGUUCAGGGAAGCCCGUUGAGUUACAGCAACAACCCGUCGGCGCCGCCCAGUCCGACGGGACACCCCGGUCCACCGAACCUGACUUCGGACGGCCUCGACCAGACCUACUUCCUGAACCAGGCGCAGGCGGCAACCCUUCAACAGGACUUUGAGCAAUUCACGAUGGAUUGGCCGCAAUUCGCGCAGCAGCUCAUGGAACUUGGUUGGACCACGCAGAUAGAGAUGGACACCCCCGUGCCGACCAACGCAAUGGGAUCGUACAUCGGAUCGCCGAACCACACCACGACCUACGCGCAGAACGACGUGAUAAAUGUCGGAGGUGAAUUGGGAAGCGGAGACGCCGGUUAUUUCAGCACGAGCCCGCAAAUGGCUUAUCAUCAACCUACGACGCCCGGCUCGACCAACGCGACCACCGCGCAGCAGCUCACGCCGCAGACACCGAACACGCCGACGAUCAUUCUUACCGACUUUUCGGGCGCCGACGAUCCCGAGUUCGUCAAGGACCUCGGGACGGCGAUGAUGGGCGACUUCGACCCGGAUCUCUUCCCAUCGGACGACGCUCUGAGGCAAGGCCUCGAUCCCAUCGACGUCGACGGUCUCCAAAUGCUCACCGACCCGAACAUGGUCAUAUCCGAUCCCAGCGCCGAGGCCCACUUUAGGCUAGAUCGACUUUAAGGCGAGAACACUUUACUCAUUUGCGAAUCGCGCGCCGACUAUAUUACCUAGGGAAAUACAAAUUCUGACGUGUCCCGGGUGUCGCGAGGAAACCAAUUCUGUGGGGCACUUUCGAGACAAACGGGUCGCGGCGCGGCGCUGCGAGGCUCGAUCGUCGGAACGCGAUCGUCGAUGGAACGCCUCCAACGGGAACCGGUCGCCGGUAAAACGUCGCGGGAGAAAAGCGGGCGCGCGCGCGCGCGACUCGUCCCGAGUUCGAGUAAACGUCGUCGCGUCGUCCCCCUAGCGAGACCGUGACGAAACCGGAAACCGGUUCCCGCUGGACGCGUCCGGCCGGCGACCAGACCCGUUCGUGAUAAACCGUUGAUCGAGGAUUAAGUAAUACAAAUCUUUAUUAACCCUUUUUUUAUUUUAUACUACUUUGUACAUUGUAUCAUGUAUGAUCUCUAAGAAGCACAAAACAAAACGUCUACUGAUUUAUA